AAAAUAACGUCUGCAAACACCGGCACAGCUCGGCCCACCUCCCUCCCUCCCCUACACCGCGCCACCUGCCUUCCAUGUCCCUGAAGUGACGCAACCACUUCCGCCGCCGCCUCUCCAGCCCCGCCAACCUCGGCGGAAGUGCCUUCCUCCCGGGUCCUCCCGCCGGCAGGGGGCUCUCCGCGGCGUCUAGUGCCACGAAGACCUCCCGCCUGGGCUGUCCCGACGGCGCCUGUUAGUUUGGCCCUGGGGGAAAAAAGGCUUAUUAUCGCUUUCAGCUAGGAAACAGGAGCACAGGCAUCUCGGUCGGGACGAUGGUGUCCAAACGCAGCCGCCGCUCGGCGCCCGCAUGAUCGCGCCCGGACGCGGCGGCGGGCGGGAGUCAGGCGCGGUGCGGGCAGCCCCGCGGCGCCCGAAGGCCCCGGCCCGCUUCCUCCUGCGAAGACGUAGCUGCGGGUGGCUGUGGUGCUGGCGUCCAAGAUGUCGACCAAGAAUUUCCGAGUCAGUGACGGAGACUGGAUUUGCCCUGACAAGAAAUGUGGAAAUGUAAACUUUGCUAGAAGAACUAGCUGUAAUCGAUGUGGUCGAGAGAAAACAACUGAGGCCAAGAUGAUGAAAGCUGGGGGCACUGAAAUAGGAAAGACACUUGCGGAAAAGAGCCGAGGCCUUUUUAGCGCUAAUGACUGGCAGUGUAAGACUUGCAGUAAUGUGAAUUGGGCCAGAAGAUCAGAGUGUAACAUGUGUAAUACUCCAAAGUACGCUAAAUUAGAAGAAAGAACAGGAUAUGGUGGUGGUUUUAAUGAAAGAGAAAAUGUUGAAUAUAUAGAAAGAGAAGAAUCUGAUGGUGAAUAUGAUGAGUUUGGACGUAAAAAGAAAAAGUACAGAGGGAAGGCAGUUGGUCCUGCAUCUAUAUUGAAGGAAGUUGAAGAUAAAGAAUCAGAGGGAGAAGACGAGGAUGAGGAUGAAGAUCUUUCUAAAUACAAAUUAGAUGAGGAUGAGGAUGAAGAUGAUGCUGAUCUCUCAAAAUAUAAUCUUGAUGCCAGUGAAGAAGAAGAUAGUCAUAAAAAGAAAUCUAAUAGACGAAGUCGCUCAAAGUCUCGAUCUUCACAUUCACGAUCUUCAUCACGCUCAUCCUCCCCCUCAAGUUCAAGGUCUAGGUCCAGGUCCCGUUCAAGAAGUUCUUCCAGUUCGCAGUCAAGAUCUCGUUCCAGUUCCAGAGAACGUUCGAGAUCUCGAGGGUCGAAAUCAAGAUCCAGCUCCAGGUCCCACAGGGGCUCCUCUUCCCCGCGAAAAAGAUCUUACUCAAGUUCAUCAUCUUCUCCUGAGAGGAACAGAAAGAGAAGUCGAUCUAGAUCUUCUUCAUCUGGUGAUCGCAAAAAAAGACGAACAAGAUCACGGUCACCCGAAAGGUUUGGGUUUCUGUAGAAAUAAGAAUGAGUGUUCUUAAGUGUAUUUAAUAGAUACGCUGAACUUUCUAGUCAAGGGUUAGUUUUUCAUUAUCUCCUUUGUUCCCACUUUAAAUUAUACUUUUCAACUUUGAACUUUAAAAAACAUAACUUUGCUUAGGCUUUGUACUUUGAUCGGAUUGUUUACAAUAGUUACAGAUCAAAUUAUUCUUUGAUCAUUUUAUUGUUUAAAUUUUAUUUCCAUACAUAAUUAUUAUAGCCAACUCUCGGUUAUUUCUGUCUUUUAAGAUUACAAUUCAGAACAUAUAUGUAGAAGUAAUUUAUAGCUUGAUUUUUAUAUUUGUACUAUUUUAAAUUUAAUUAGAAAUCAUAGGAAUCUUAGGGCAUCUAAUAACAAAAUAAAUUUCAGAUCAUUAGAAAUCUGUCCUUAUUUAAAUAUGUGUAAAUGCAUUUCCAAAGCAAAUUAUUUCAUGGCCUUUAUAAAGGAAUUAUUCCUUGUAGCCAAUACAUUUUUCAUAUUGCGCUCCAAAUCUUUUUUUUGUUUGUUUGUUUUUGAGAAAGACC